AUGUUUCCCAUCAAACUGGGUGUCUUCAUGACAGCCAUAACCCUAAUUCAUUCUGUCUUUGCAGAGGACAUCCCCAACCCUCCACAAGCACUUGCUUUCCACGGCUCAGACUGGCCAGACUUCGACGCCCAUGUUAGGCGGUGGUCGAGUUAUUCGGCCCCCAAGUUCACGGGUGUGUUCAAGCCACGUACCGAGGAUGAGUUGUCUCAAGGUGUUGCCUACUUGGCCAAAACCAAGCAGAGAUUCCUAGCCACCAAGGCGGGCGGUCAUGGAAACAGUCCUACCCUUGGCACGACAUAUAAUGAGGUUGUCCAGGUCAACAUGGAAAACUUCCGACAUGUAAUCUUUGGAAAGGACGGUGAUAAGGUGACAGUGACUGUGGGAGGAGGAGCUAGAAUGCAGGAUAUUAUUCCUCGGUUGCACGCUGAGGGUAGAGAAAUGACCGUCGGCUCCUUCCCAUGUGUCGGCACCCAUGGUGUUCUCCUCGGUGGCGGCAUGGGUCGUCUGAUGGGCAAACAUGGCCUAAUGAUUGACUCCCUGCUUCGCAUCAAAGUUGCUCUCUGGAACGGCACCAUCGUCGAAGCCUCCGAGAGCUCAUACCCCGACCUAUUCUGGGGCAUACGCGGCGCCGGGCACAACUUCGGCGUAGUCGUCGAGUCCACUUUCAAAACCUAUCCCGACGAAGGCGGCAUGCACUACAACGCCGACAUGGUCUUCACGGAUGACUCCAUAGACGGUGUCCUUGAGACUGCCAUGGAGGUAAUCGAAGCCGGCCUCGAGCCCUCCGUCUUCCUCAUCCUCGGCUACCUCUUUGACGAAACCGCCAUGAAACCCGUUCUCUUCAUCAACAUCGUCUCCGCCCACGACACCGAAGCCGGUAAAUCCGUCUCAGCCAGGUUCGCUUCUUCCAGCUCUCAGGGUAUCACCCGCGUCCACUUCAACGAAACCCUCAUCACCUUCGCCGAGCUCGGCUCCGGCGCCGCCCUCCCCGGCGUCUGCGCCAACUCCCUCUCGCAAGACCUCUACACCGCCUCCUCCCCAUCUCUCUUCUCCCCCGAGAGCAUGAAAGCCGUUUACGCUUCCUACGCCUCUUUCAUUUCAGCCAACCCAGCAGCCAACAGGUCAAUCCUCCUCUUCGAAGCCGCUUCCCCGCACGUAAUCGCCUCGGUUCCCGACGAUGCCACGGCCUACCCGCACAGAGGCAAAAUGGUUACCAAUGCCAUCAUCCAAGUUACCUGGGACGAUGAGUCCCUCAAUGAAGUCGCUGAUGCGUGGGGAAGAGAGACGAGAAACUUGCUGGCCAGGCCGGAGAAUAGUGGGUAUGAGAAGUUAUAUGCGUACAUCAAUUAUGCAAAUAGGGACGAGCCGCUGCAGGCACUGUUUGGGUAUGAGGAGUGGAGGUGGGAGAAGCUGAGUAAGUUGAAGAGGGAGUAUGAUCCGGAGGGGUACUUUGAUGGGUAUCACGGCAUUCCGAGGGUGGUGGAGGGAUGGUAUGGCAAGGAGGCUGCGGGAGCGGGGAGUAUGCAGAAGCCGAUGUCUACGCCUCAUGAGGAGUUGUAG